AUGGCUCGCAUCCUGUGUGUGUGUCCCAGAUUCUGCAGGAGACAGUACGUACUGUGUAUGGGCCACAAGUGGCCCCGGUCCAGCGUACCUGAGUUGCGACGGACAAGGCAGGAAUGGUCAUUGGGCUGCUCGGGUGGGCAAGGAAAAAGGUAUCUAGACUUGUUCGAUAAUCGUAGCUGA